CGCCGACCUCCCAAUCCCUUCAAAAUCCCCAUUUCUCUCACCUCUCGGUUCCUCAAACCCAACCUCUGACCAUUUUCUCUCUCUAAAAAUAAAUCUCUCCUCCAGAAUAGCAGAGGAGAUCCUCUCUCUCUCUCGCCGUCGCCGAUCUCUCUUUUCAAAUUGUUUGAAUUCGUUCGUGAUUCUUCAUCCAGAGAGAUCUUCGAAUCGCCGGCGUAGAUUGUGGACAUGGCGCAGAGGACGGAGAAGGAGGAGACGGAGGUCAAAGUACCGGACACCCUGACGCUUUGUGUCAACAACUGCGGCGUCACCGGAAAUCCGGCGACCAACAACAUGUGUCAGAAAUGCUUCAACGCUACUACCGCCUCCGCCGUCUCAUCCCCUCCCUCCGCUGCCGCCGCCAACAACAACAACAAUAGUGUCAAGGAUGGAGGCCUGAUAGCGAAGAAACCGGCGAGAUGCAGCGCUCUUCGGUCGUCGUCAGAUCGGUCGGGUCUUUCUGCGGCGAAGGUGAUAAUAAGCCGGAACCGGGGGAACGAUGCGGUGGAGGAGGAGAAGAAAAUCGUGAACCGGUGUUCGGGUUGCCGGAGGAAGGUCGGAUUGACCGGGUUCCGGUGCCGUUGCGGUGAGCUUUUCUGCGCGGAGCACCGAUACUCAGCCCGCCAUGACUGCAGCUACGACUACAAAGCGGCGGGUCGUGAAGCGAUCGCCAGAGAAAAUCCGGUCGUCAAGGCGGCGAAGAUCAUCAAGGUUUAAAUUAUUUUCUCCAGAAGGAAAUUACAAGAACAAAUCUGAAACACUCUCAAACGUCGCAUUUCUUCGUAGAUCGAGUUAGAUAAAAAAGAUCUUCCGUCGGAGAAUCGCCAGGGAGAUGCCGGGAGACAUCGAUUUCGUUGGUGUUGUAACGAAGAUCAGAAGGAUUUUCUGAUUCUUCCUCUGUUCGAUCAAAUCUGAAACCUCUUUUUUCGCUUUCUUUUUUUUUUUCUUAAAUUAAAAUUUAGCUUCGUGAUUGAGAAACCAAAAGAUUAUUAUUGUGGCUUAAGAUUUGAUGAUUAAUUACUUUCCCCUUCAAUU